AUGCCUCUGGAUAUCCUACUUCUCUCACUGCGCCGGGAAGAGGGCGAGUGGCAGGGCUCCUUUUCCUUCGUCCAGAUCGCGGACCCGCAGCUUGGCAUGCUCCAUGGCGACAAGUCCUGGGAAGAGGAGAAGGCCAUGCUCAGUCUUGCCGUCCAGCACAUCAACAGGCUGAAGCCGCGCUUCCUCCUCGUCAGUGGCGACAUGUCCAAUGCGUGGCCAGUGGGGCCACAGGCAGAUGCCAAGGCCGCAGCCAAGCAGGUCAACGCCGUAAAGGAGGUCCUCCGCGAGGUGGACAGCUCGAUACCGAUCGUCUUGGUGGCAGGUAACCAUGACAUCGGCCAGGUCCCGUCCCCCAGCGAGCUGGACCUCUACUCUUCCCGAUGGGGCCUCGCCCGGCAUAAUCAAGAAGCCAUGGCCGACUUGGAGCAGCAGCUGCAGGAUGCCCUUGACCUGGUGCAGGCGCGGGAUCUUCAGAUCCAAGGCCUCCAGGCCGAGGUCGCCCUGCUGCGGCGGCAGCUCGCGCAGACGCCGCGAGGGAGCGACGAUCCGGCUCCGAGCCAGCCGAAGCGGCCGAGGCUGCUCGCAGCACCGCCCGCGCCGUCGCCCGCGCCUUCGCCCGCAGCGGCGCCGGCAGCGGAGCCCGCAGCGGCCCUGGCCUUAUGGGAUGCUCUGCUGACCAAGGAGCUGAUCAUGGUGGUGUUCUUGGGCAAUCUCUCCUCGCCGACCUUUGCAAAGCUGGAGAAUCUGUCGAAGAAAAGCCAGGCCGUGCUGAAAAGGUUCUGGCCGAGAAGCCUUGACUUGUCGGAGGUGGGCAGGGAAGGAGGUGCGUGCUGGUUUCCUUCGGACAAAGCUGCGGGCUUCCAGAAGCUCCUGGCGCAGCCUAAAUGGAAACAGGCCCAGGUGCUCCGCUUCCCUGUGACGUGGUACAACAAGGAGCGGUCCAAGUACGGCAGGAAGCACAUCUUGACAGAGGAGACCAUGAAGGCUAUCGCCCGCAACUUGACUGAGCUCGAAGAGGUCGACCUCCUCCCGUACAAUGGCACCCCGUGGACUGAGAUGGAGUGUCGCAUCAACCAGUUCUGUAGCGAGUUCAGCCGCCUCCAAAACCUGCGAAGUUUGAAGAUGGAGAUGUGGAGCUGGGGCCCUUUGAGGAUUCUACCGAGGUUUCCAAACCUUCGCAUCGUGCAUUUUAAAGUCCCCGGCGUUGUCUUGCCUCCCUUCGAUCCCCCUGAAACGCCGUUUCGCCAGCUCCGGUGCCUACAUUUCUUGGAGGAGCUUUGCCUGUUCGAGGGUAGCCGUUGGAGGCACCUUGGGCUAACAGGCCAUGGUGGUGAGUUGCAGAGCUUGCUACAAGACUGCCCAGCUCUUCGCCACCUGGACAUCGCUGCCUUCAUCGACUUCUCUCAUGGGCCGAUCCUCCCCAGCCUGGCAGCCCACCCAAGGUUGGAGAGCUUGGCUUUCUUCGCUGGCCCUUCCAUGAACCUCGCCCAUGUCGCCCAUGGCCUUACGCAGCUCGCUGCUUCCACCUCCCUGAAGAAGGUUCGGGUCGUGCAGGCUGUGCGUCCAGUUGGUUUCGUUAACGUUCGAGCGCCGGUCCUUCUUCCCUCGAUUCCCGGCAUCGACAUCGUUGACGAACGUAAGGAUCUCUUGCGCCCGAGGUGA